AAAAAGCGCUUGGGCGUUUUGUCCGAGGAGUGAUAGAAGCCAAAGCCAAACAAACAACAGGCAAGGAAAAGAAGCACGCGCACCGUACAAUUCCCACUCGCCGCCGCCAGUGACGGGCCGCCGGACCACGCACUUGCUUCUAUACAUAUACGUGUAUCUCCAUGCACUGUCAUCUUUGCGGCGUGUUGAAGAAUUUUUAAUAUCAUAAAUUGUCGAAUGGAGCUGUUUGAUUCGCAAUUGGUGAUUCAUUGGCCAUUUUAGGUGUUCUAGGUGAGAAGAGAAAUUAAGCUAGUUCUCAGUUAAAAUUUCUAUCAUUUACCCACAAGGCAAAUAUGGAAGCACGCCCAGCUUUAUCUAUUCAAAGAUCGGGUGCAAGACAACUUGGUAACUGUGGAGGAUCAGGGACUUUACCUGUUAAUCCGACAUCUUUUGAAGAGAAAUAUCCAAAGUUAUGGGACUCCCAGCAGGUUUGCACAGAGAGGGAACUCAUGCAACAUCCUCCAGCAGUCCUUUCACCUUUGUCUUCUAACAGUGGGGUUGUUGGUCAUAUAUUUUCUUCGUCCUCAGGAUUUUCUAGUGAUCUUCAUUUUUCAUCCGCCCCAAAGCAAGAAAAUCAUCUACGACAAGCCCCUUUCAUUUCUCAAUCGUCAAAUAGUGGGACAUCAAUAAAUUUACCAAAUUCUUGUGAUUCUGGAAUUCUUCAAUCCACAGCAUCAAGCCAAUAUACCAAAGAAAAUAACAGCUCUUCUUGGUGUCCAGAUUCACUGCCUGAUUUUCUUGAUUAUUCAUUUAGUACCUCAAUCCAGAAUAGUCAACUAGAUAGUAUUAACAGUGGUGAUGUUGGCAUUUCAUCUGAGGAUCUUAGCAAAAGAAAUGAUUGGCAGGAAUGGGCUGACCAGCUUAUUACUGAUAAUGAUCCUUUGACCUCUGAUUGGAAUGAGCUUCUUGCUGAUGCAAAUGUUGAACCGAAGAUGCAGCAUCAGAUGUCCGAACAACCAGUAAAUUUUUCAUUGCAGCAGUCCCAAAUACCCCACCAGCCUCCAGAUACACCCGGAGAAACUAACACAGCUGUUGCUCAAUCAUCCUCAGCAAAUGUGGCUCCAGUAAAACAACGCAUGCGUUGGACUCCAGAACUUCAUGAAGCCUUUGUUGAAGCAGUCAACAAACUUGGUGGGAGUGAAAGAUCUACUCCCAAGGGUGUUCUGAAGCUAAUGAAAGUUGAUGGUUUGACAAUUUAUCAUGUGAAAAGCCACCUGCAGAAGUACAGAACAGCUAGAUACAAGCCAGAGACAACAGAAGAAUCUUCAGAUAAAAAACUACCUUCUGUAGAAGAAUUGUCAUCAUUGGACUUGAAAACGGGAAUCGAGAUUACUGAAGCAUUGCGGUUGCAAAUGGAAGUGCAAAAGCGUCUACACGAACAGCUUGAGAUUCAAAGAAAUCUGCAACUUCGAAUAGAAGAACAAGGGAAAUACCUCCAAAUGAUGUUUGAGAAACAAUGCAAGUCCGGUGCUGACUUGGUCAAGGGGACUGCAUCGACUAUAGAGAACUCUAUCGAAGAGUUGACGGGUGCUGCACAAAAUUCUCCUGCCAAAGAUGAUUCGGGAUUACAGGCAGGUAUCAGCAAAACAGGUGGUGACCAAUCUAACUUAACCAUAGCAUCUGGAGAAAAUUCUCUAGUUAUAGGAGAGAAGUUUAAAGAACUGGAGACUCAAGUUCUUGAAAAUUCUGAGGCAACUAUUGAUGGCACGUCACCAUCCUCAAAGCGCACUAAAGUGCACGAAUAGGCCAAUGUUCAUCUUGUAAUACUUCGUAUGACUAUCAUUUGAUAGAUGUUCAAUUAGUCUUUGAGACAGAGACAAGACCCCAUCUAGUCCAUCCGGCUUUUGAGAUUGGAUUUGUUUCUUUCUUAUGUUUUAGGGAACGAGCAAACUUGUGACUCCGAUUGUCAUUUUCUGGGGGUCUUUAGAUUGUUGUCUUUGAGAUAAGCAUGGACAUAAUUAGGAAGUUUGGGGUGAAAAUGACGGCAACACUAUUGUGUACCAUGAUAUCUGUACACAUCUAUGCUUCGUACAAUUUUUCUCACCCAUGAUUUAAUAAUAUGGGUUGUUUGAACAUGAA